UCGACUACUGGAUUCAGCAUCACCAACUGUUUCUAUGGAAAGUUCCGUCAGACGAACUCGACUGGCGAGAUCUUCGCUGUAUUCCUAGAUAUGGACUACGAGGGGGACUCAAUGACCGUAGCAGACGAACUGUAUGCAAGACUGUGCAAACUACAUUCAUGUGCGCAGGAUGACUGUCAUCAGGUGUCCCAGCAGUCCUCUGGGAAAUUGCGAUCUGAAAAGAUACAAACCAGUUGGAUCUAUGACGCCGACAAUUCGAACAAUACAGAUCACAUCGCCAGUCACCCACGUAGAGAUAACUUUACCACGGACAGCAGUACACUCUUCACCUUGUAUGCUAUUUCCUAUUGCUCAAUCACAAGUCAGAAAAUUACAAAUGUCUCGAAUGAAAGUUUCACAGUCUUCGGACGUUGCAGGACGUCUCGGGAGGAUUGUAAUGGGCGACAGUCAUGACACAAGGACCAAUCGGUCGACACUGCUGGAAGGCUUUGAUGCCACUCCUUUGUUGACAAUGAAUGAGAACGGCAUUAGUAGCAUGUCAUACCUAGCUACACAAUUGGAAAAUCACAUUCACAUUAAGCUGGCCCGCGGAAAGCAAUGAAUCGAUACAGUACCAGUAAUGAUGGUUCGGCACGGUCGGGAGGACGUCUCGUCUCAGACGUCGUCCACAUGUGUGAGUCAACUUUCUUUACGAUGUUGGCGGCGAUCAUCUUUCCUGGUCUGAUCGUGUCCGGA